AUCAAUUUGAAGACUUUACCUUCAAACAUAUUUACCCCCCAAAAGGAAAAGUAAAGAGAAAUAAAGAAGGAAGAAUCAAUGGCAGCAAAUGUUCGAUGUUUUCCUCAUUAAUUCAAUUGACUAUCAUCUAAAGGGGAAGUAAUUAGAGAAUUGGAAGGAUGUCCCAGCAUCAGCAAAACAGCAACAGUAGCAAUAACAAUAACAUACCAGUGAGCGAAGUUUAUUGGACCCUCGUUGCUAAAGCCGAUAAGAAGUUCUCCAAAAUUCGAGAUUUGCCCUACUACCAACGUAACAGAUAUGAUACAUACUUCUACAAGGUUUUCAAGGUAUACACACAGCUGUGGAAGUUUCAACAAGAGAAUCGGCAGAAAUUGGUGGAAGCUGGUCUCAAGAGAUGGGAGAUUGGGGAUAUUGCAUCUCGGAUUGGCCAGCUUUAUUUUGGACAGUACAUGAGGACAAGCGAGGCCAACUAUUUGUCUGAGUCUUAUAUCUUUUAUGAGGCAGUGUUGACUAGGGAGUAUUUUAAAGAUGGAAUGUUUCAGGAUGUUAGUCUUGCUAGCAAGCAACUUCGGUUUCUUGCUCGGUUUAUGACAGUUUGUUUGGUUUUGAAUCGGCGAGAUAUGGUGUAUCAAUUGGUUAAUCAGCUUAAGAUGUUGCUUGAUGAAUGCAAGAGGGCGUUCCAGGAAACUGAUUUUAAAGAAUGGAAGCUGGUGGUUCAGGAAAUAGUUAAGUUUCUAAAAGCUGAUUCAGCUUUUAUGAAUACCAGGCCAUUGAGAUAUAGUGUCGUAUUGGAUCUUCAUCCAGAUUGCCUACCGCAGGUUGUUGAAGCAAAGAGAAAGCUAAGAUUACGAGAUACGCUGCUGUGCAGUUACCAUCCCAAUGAGGUUAAAUAUUCAGAACUAACUCUUGACGCUUUCCGGAUGCUACAAUGUCUGGAGUGGGAACCUAGUGGGUCAUUUUAUCAGACGGGUGGGAUUCCUCCAAGUGGGGCUGGAACUGGUAUUGGCCAGAAUGGGGCUCCUGGACCCAGUCGUGUUAAUUAUUCACAAGAUAUAUCUGAUCCUACUCUGCCUCCUAACCCUCGCAAGACCAUCUUAUAUCGCCCGUCUGUUACAAAUUUUUUAGCAGUUUUGGCGACAAUCUGCGAGGAGCUAUCUCAUGAUGGAGUUCUUUUACUAUAUUUGUCCGCUGCAGGAAGCUCUCAGAACUUUUUUUCUUCUCCAUCCCAUGAUGCAGGGAGGAGCUUUAUGUCUCGUGCUGUUUACUUAGAAGCCACCUCUACAUCUUCGCUGAUCUCUGAUACUGAAAUUGCAAAUACCACUUCUACCAGGGAGGAUUGCUUAAGUGAGCAGAGUAGUUGCGUAUACAUUGGUUCUCGUGGAACUGGAGGUGUGAAUGGGAUUUAUCCAUGUGACUUGUUGCCAUUCACUAGAAGACCACUUUUUCUGGUCAUUGACAGUGACGGCAGUAAAGCAUUCACGGCCUUAAGUGGAUCAGAGAAGGGAGAACCAGUUGCCAUGCUACUCUCUGCCACAAUUUCACUGCCUAUAUCUGCGAUGGAUUCUUCUCGUCAGCCAAGUGGAAGCUCAUUCACCAGUUUUCUUACAGUUCCUUUACCGGCUUUCAUUUUGAUGCUUGGUUUCAUGGUUUCUGACAUUGACAUGGAUAUGUAUGGUAAGGCUGAGAAACUUCUUUCUUCAUCAUUAAAUGAGUGGGGUUUGUUACUGGCAGCAUCAGACAAUCUUAAUCCUAUUUGGUCUCAAACUCUUGGAGAUCCAUUUUUACGGCGGCUCAUUUUAAGAUUCAUAUUCUGUCGGACGGCGCUGGCACUCUACGCUCCAACCUUCAACAAGAUAGAAUUUCUCCCUGAAUGCAUCCCUUGCCUUCCAGAUGCUGUCCUGCCAACGAGUGCUGCCUGUCAAAAGACUGUGUUGCAACUUGCUGAUAUCUUUGGUGCAACUAGCAAGUUCAAUUUUUCAAAAGAAACGGUGCUUUCCGAUAACAGAAGCCAGGAGAACUGAAGUUGGUUAUUGAUUUUGUCAAUUCUGGUAGCUCUGUAAAUUUGAUUUGAAUAUGAGGAGCCUUCUUUAGUUUGUACUUUUUUUUUUAUUUCAUGUUUAGGCUGUUAAUGUGAUUUUGGGUUCUGUAGGUUGAUAUAUUUGUCCUGUUAUGCUUGUGACGUCUGAACAAUGCUCCUCCAAUAUUUUCAGUUCAAUUCAUUCCUCUAAUGUUUUUAAGUGCAAGCAACUUGCGCCACACUGUGUAUUGGUUAUACUCUAUUUUGUACAUCAAACUAGUGGCUUUUCUCUCUA